AUGUCGAGUAGGUAUCACAAAGCAGCAGCUGAUGGCAAUUUGGACCUCUUGAAAGAAGCUACCAGGAAGGACCUCAAUACUUCAGAUGAAGAUGGGAUGACACCCACCCUUUUGGCAGCAUACCAUGGGUAUCUAGAAGCUCUGGAAGUUAUAUGUCGGAGAGGAGGUGAUCCAGACAAAUGUGACAUCUGGGGGAACACGCCUCUCCACCAUGCUGCUUGCAAUGGUCACAUCCAUUGUGUUUCUUUUUUGACCAACUUCGGUGCCAAUAUCUUUGCUCUGGACAAUGACCUCCGCACUCCCCUGGAGGUAGCUGCCAGCAGAGACCGCAAUGAAUGUGUCAGGAUCCUGGACAAAGCUGCUACCGAGCAGAACAUCCUGAAUCCAAAAAAGGUCUCCAAACUCAAAGCACAAGCCCAGAGGAACGUGGAGAAACAAAUCAAGGAAUGUGAGAAGCGCCAAGAGAAACACCAGCAUGAAAUGAAUCGCAAUUAUAUGAAAGAAAAGGUUGGCACAGUGAAUUCUUCCAGAGGGACACACUCCAGAGUAAAGUUGCCCAGCCUCUUUGCUUCAAACACAAGUCCUUUCUCCAAAAAUCUGAAAGAUACUUUCAAACUGAAGACAAAAAAAGCAGCUGACAGCACAAGAAAGCCGGAAACACAAAGCAACGACCAAGAGGGUGGUACAGGUAGGAGAACUGUGAUGCAUUUGUUUGAUGAGAAAGAGGAGGAUGAGUUACUGAAUGACUUUGGAGAGAAAAGCUCUUUAGAUAAUGACAGUCAGCUCUCCAUUUUUAAACGGCCAGGUCUCGGCAAGAUUGUAUUUGGAAGGAAUUUGGCUGCGGAUGUAAAUUCUGGAACUGUGUCUUCUGAGAAAGAAGGUAUAAGCUUUACAAUGUCCAGUGAGCUUUUUCAGUAUGAAAAUGCUGAGAAUGGCAGGGAAGAUGCUGCUGAAAAUGGUGCUGAUAUGCCUUGGCAUGAGGAAGAAAUCAUUUGGGAUGAUGAGGAAGCAGAGGAUACACCCCUUGAGGUAUUUCUGGCUUCACAGAUGCUGGAUGAGUUUCUACCAGUCUUCAUGAGAGAAAAAAUUGAUUUAGAUGCCUUGAUGCUAUGUUCUGAUGAAGAUCUACAGAGCAUUCAGAUGGAGCUUGGGCCAAGAAAGAAAGUCCUGAAUGCUGUCAAUAAAAGGAAACAAGCACUCAAGAACCCUGGAAAGACUGUAGAUACUUGCUUAUAA